AAUGAGAGGUUUCCAAGUGGUGGUUUUCAAAUAACUCAUUGUAAAAACAAGGUUAAGAGGUUGAAAGAGAAAUAUCAAUUUGCUGCUGACAUGGCAGGCCGUAGUGGUUUUGGAUGGGAUGAUGUGAAGCAAUGUGUGGUUGUGGACAACAAAGAGAUCCUCACUGCUUAUAUGAAGAAACAAGGAGUAAGGUUGUAUACUCCAGGAAAGCCUUUUUCCCUUUAUACGCGCUUGGAAAAAAUAUUUUGUAAGGAAAGAGCAAAUGGGGAUGCUGCUGUAUGCGGCAAUGACGUUGAAGAAGAAGUGCAAAUGAAUGGGUAUGAAGAAAUGGACGAAGAAGAUACGGAUUUCUUUAACUCAAAUCAUGAUUGUAGUGAAUCUCUAUUCCAAUAAUCAAAUUCUGUGGCUUCAUCUUCUGGGAAGAAACAAGGAAAGAAGCCUUCCUCAUUUAAAGCGGCAAAGGAUACCAAGAUGAUGAAGGAGUUAACUGACACGCUGAAAUAUGUGUUCGAUCAACAGGGAAAACGUUUGGAUGCUUUUGCCCAAGCUAUGGUAAACACUCGUGAGGAAAAAAAAGUUGGUGAUAUACUCAGCGAACUUGGAUUCACUGAUGAUGAAGUUAUUUCUAUUGCACUCAAGUUCUCCACAAAUCCUCAACUGGAAAAAAUGUUUUGGUCAUUGGAAAAUAGUCAGA